AUGCUCUUAUGUAUUGGGGGUAAUUUUUGUGCUACUCAUUAAAAAAGAGCACACUAUUAACAUGUACUAGAUGAACAUUUAUAAAUAAGUGAAGUCUUUUUGUUUGAUUAUUUAAGUGGAAAAAUUAGAAGUAAAUAGGCAAGAAAGGAGAUAAGGAAUAAACUAUUGGAUUUAACCAAAAUUGAAGUAAAGAAAAUAGAUCUGAAAUAGUGA